AUGUCCUCCCCACCCGAUAUCGCAGGGAUCGCAACCGAGGCCCUAAGCAACUACUUCAGCAAUCUCUACGCCUUCCUCGAACUCAUCGUGACACGCUUCUGUACAAACUUCUACAAGUCCUUCACCGAAAUCACGGCCUACCGCUGGACCAAAGUCAUCCUGUCAGUGGUCGGCUACAUCCUGAUCAGACCGUACAUCGAGGCCUUCUUCAAGAAGAUGCACGACCGCGACCGCAAGAAGGAGCAGGAGAAGGCGAAGGCCGAGAAGAAGGAAAAGAAGGCCAAGGCGAAGGUUUCGGCGAAUGUGCUGAGGGGUGGAGUGAGUGGUGAGGGCGAUGGAAAGGUACUUGGGGAGGUUGAGAACACGGAUGAUGAAGUUGAUAGUGAUGAGGUUGAAGAGGUUGAGGGAGAGAAUGCGGAAGAGUUUGCGACGGCCAGUGGGGUUCCGGAGUGGGGGAAGAAUGCGAGGAAGAGGGCUAAGAAGCAUGCGAAGAAGCUCGAGAAGGAGGAGGCUGAUGGGAAUACCUCGAAGUUAUCUGAGGACCAGCUUAUGGAGCUUUUGGAUUGGAGUGAGUCGGAGGACGAGAAGAAGGCUUGA